UGGCAGCAUAAAUUUCUCUGAAGAAAAAAAACACAAAAUCAAACAUGGCAACUACAGAGAAACCUCCGAAAAUUCCUGUCGAAGAAAAAUCUGUGGAGGAUAAUGAACCUGAGGAACCAGUUGCGGAGGAAGUCUUGCGAAUGUCGACAGAUGAAAUCAUCAGUCGUACUAGGUUGAUGGAUAAUGAAAUUAAGAUUAUGAAAAGUGAAGUAAUGAGAAUCUCCCAUGAACUUCAAGCUCAGAAAGAGAAAAUAAAAGAAAAUAAUGAGAAAAUUAAAGUCAAUAAAACCCUUCCGUAUUUGGUCUCAAAUGUAAUUGAGCUUCUUGAUGUUGAUCCUCAAGAACUUGGUGAAGAAGAUGGUGCUAAUGUCGAUUUGGAUUCACAACGAAAAGGAAAAUGUGCUGUUAUUAAAACAUCUACCAGACAAACAUACUUCUUACCUGUCAUUGGUCUAAUUGAUGCUGAAAAGUUGAAACCAGCAGAUUUAGUUGGUGUAAAUAAAGAUUCAUACCUCAUACUUGAAACUUUGCCGCAAGAGUAUGAUUCUAGGGUUAAAGCAAUGGAAGUAGAUGAAAGACCUACAGAACAAUACAGUGAUAUUGGUGGAUUAGAUAAGCAAAUACAGGAGUUGAUUGAAGCUGUAGUCCUUCCAAUGACACACAAAGAAAAGUUUGAAAAUCUCGGAAUUCAACCACCCAAAGGUGUUCUUCUCUAUGGGCCUCCUGGAACCGGCAAAACAUUGAUGGCCAGAGCUUGUGCAGCACAAACAAAAUCUACUUUUUUGAAGUUGGCUGGACCACAGCUUGUUCAAAUGUUCAUUGGUGAUGGUGCAAAACUUGUCAGAGAUGCUUUUGCUUUAGCAAAAGAAAAAGCACCUGCAAUAAUAUUUAUUGAUGAAUUAGAUGCUAUAGGCACAAAACGUUUUGAUAGUGAAAAAGCUGGUGAUCGGGAGGUACAGAGGACUAUGUUGGAAUUAUUGAAUCAGUUAGAUGGAUUUAGUUCUAGUACUGAUAUCAAGGUUAUAGCUGCAACAAACAGGGUAGAUAUUCUUGAUCCAGCGUUACUAAGGUCUGGUCGUUUGGAUAGGAAGAUUGAAUUUCCUCACCCCAAUGAAGGAGCUAGAGCUAGAAUUAUGCAGAUCCAUUCAAGGAAGAUGAAUGUUGAUCCUGAUGUAAAUUUUGAAGAGUUAGCCAGGUGUACUGAUGACUUCAAUGGUGCACAGUGCAAAGCUGUUUGUGUUGAAGCAGGUAUGAUUGCAUUAAGAAGAGGAGCGACUGUUGUUACGCAUGAAGAUUUUAUGGAUGCAAUUUUAGAAGUUCAAGCAAAGAAGAAAGCGAAUUUGAACUAUUAUGCUUAAUUAUAUCAUUUCUUUUUUGUUUUUAUGUUUCAGAAUUUUCAUUGUCACAUUUAGGACUUUUUCCCUUUGACGAAGCUCUUUAUUAAUAAAAUAUUUUCAUUCAAA